AUGUCCUGUUUGUUUUUCUUUGCAGAAAAACUCAAGGAGGAAAAGGAAAGGCAAGAAGGGUUUCCUGAAGCAGCCAAACUCAAGGAGGAAAAGGAUGAAAUGAAGAAGGAAUGCGACUGGAGAAGGGCUCGGAACAAUUCAGAUGACAUCACUCUUCAUGGAGUCACGGCCCACCCCAACAUUUCCAUUGCUGACAAUAAGAAGAGUUUUACACAUGAAGCCCAACCUCAACAAGUUCCACCAAAUCCAGAGAGGUUUGAUUCGACCGUUUGUGUGUUGGGCUCUGAAGGAUUCUCCUCUGGAAAGCACUACUGGGAGGUGGAGUUUGUGAGCAGCACUGACUGGGACCUGGGGGUGGCCAGAAAAUCAAUACAGAGAAAAGGAAAACUUUCCCUGUCCCCUAAAGAGGGAUUUUGUGCUCUGGGUCUGAAUGGGAGAGAUUACUGGGCAAAAACAGACCCAUGGACACGGGUCAUAGUGCAGAAAAAGUCCAAGAAAAUCGGAGUUUAUCUUAGUUACCAAGAGGGGAAGGUGACUUUUUUCAGUGUAACUGACACGUCUGUGUUGUUCACAUUUAAUGAUUUUUCAUUCUCAGGAGAGGUUUAUCCGUUCUUUAAAAAUUCACACAAAGAAACAAAAAUGAGAAUUUGUUCAAUUAAAGAGGAAUAAAUAUAACAUGACUCUGAUGCUGAUUUUAUACUGGUAACUGAAAUCAAGGUUUUCAUGAAAGUA